AUGGCGAGGGCGCCUGGCCGCGGGGACUGGGGCGCCGCCGCCGCGGCCGCCGCCGAGGACAAUGGGGAGGCGGCCGAGCGCGAGCGCCGCGCGCGGGGCCGGGGGCGCCGCCGGGGCCGCCCGCACGACUGCAGCGCGGGCGAGGAGGAGGAGGAGGAGGAGGAGGAGGAGGAGGAGGAGGAGGAGGAGGACGCGAUCCGGGAGGUGCGGAUAACGGGGGACGAGGAGGAGGAGGAGGAGGACGGAGGCGGGGGGCUGGAGGACGAGGACGAGGAGGACGACGAGGAGGAGGAGGAGGAGGAGAUGGGGCUGGACUGGGAUGAGCGCCUGGAGCCCGAGGACUCGGCCGGGGAGGAGCUGGAGCCGGAGGAGCCGGAGCCGGUCCGCAGGAUCGAUAUGGACCCGGGCGCCGCGCUGCUGGAGGAGCCCGAGGCGCCGCCGCCGCCGCCGCCGGGCCCCCGCGCGCCCCCCGGGGCCGCCCCCGAGCCCGACCCCCCCGACGGGCCGCCGCCGCCGCGCCCCGAGCGCGCCCGGCUGAGCGAGAACACGCGGCUGGCCACCCGCUACGCCGUGCGCAUCUUCCGCGAGUACCUGAGCGAGAAGGCGCACAGCCCCGACUUCGAGAGCAUGGACAAGGCGGCGCUGUGCCGCGCGCUGCGCUCCUUCUACGCCGAGGCGCGCUCCAAGAGCGGCCAGCUCUACAGCAAGUCCUCGCUCAUCAGCAUCCGCAGCUCGCUCAACCGCUACCUCAACGAGCCGCCGCACUGCCGCACGCUGGACCUCACCAAGGACCCCGAGCUGCGCGGCGCCAACCUGGCGCUGGCCGCCGUGCUGCGCCGGCUGGAGGCGCAGGGCGCGGGCCCGGUGGUGCAGAAGCAGGCCAUCACGCGCGCCGACCUGCGCCGCCUCUACGCGUCCGCCGCGCUGGCCGCCGGCACGCCCUUCGGGCUGCUCAACAAGGUCUGGUUCGAGACCUGCAUGUACUUCUGCACGCGCGGCCGCGAGAACCAGCGCGAGCUGCAGGAGGGCUCCUUCGGGCUGGCGGCCGACGAGGACGGCCGCCGCUUCGUGUACUUCCGCGCGCAGGGGCCCUACCACAAGUCGCGCUCGUCGUCCUGGGGCCGGAAGCGCGCCGAGGCGGGCGACGAGGACAGCCUGCCGCGCAUGUACGAGACGGGCACGGAGCUGUGCCCCUACGCCAGCUUCGUCAAGUACCUGGCCAAGCGCAACCCGCUGUGCCGCGCCUUCUUCCAGCGGCCGCGCGACCACUGCGGCGAGGCGGACGCCACCUGGUACGAGAACAAGGCCAUCGGCAAGAACCUGCUGGGCACGCGCAUGCAGAUGCUGUCCAAGGCGGCCAAGCUGUCCAAGACCUACACCAACCACUGCAUCGGCGCCGUGUCCAUCGCCACGCUCCACAGCAUCGCGGGCAUCGGCACCCGGCCGGGCGCGCCGGCCGCCGCGGGGCACGGCUGCUGCGCCCCCCACGCCGCCGCCCCCUGUGCCGCCGCCGAGGCGCUGAACGGGGCGGCCCGCCAGCCCGCCCACCCCCACCUCCACCUCCAGCACCCGCGCCCCCCGCCGGGCGGCCCCUACGCGCUCCCCAAGGACGGCCUGGCCGCGCCCCCCGACGUGAAGCCCGAGGCGGCGGCGGCGCCCGGGGACCCCCGCGGCCCCUCUCCGCCCAAGAGACUGUGCCUGCGGCCCCCGGAGCCCGACGCCGCGGCGGGGGCGUCCGUGAAGCGCGACCCCCUGCCGCUCCUCCCCGAGCCCAGCGGGCCCCGCGGCGCCGGCUCGCCCCCCGCGGCCCCGCCGGCCGCCGCGCCGCCCGCCCAGGACAGCCGGCCCAAUAUGUCCAGGCCCCUGAUGACCAGAUCCCCCGCGUCUCCGCUCACCAACCAAGGCAUCCCGACGCCCGCCCAGCUCACCAAGUCCAAUGCGCCCGUGCACAUCGACGUGGGCGGCCACAUGUACACCAGCAGCCUGGCCACGCUCACCAAGUACCCCGAGUCCAGGAUCGGAAGACUCUUCGACGGGACCGAGCCCAUCGUGCUGGACAGCCUCAAGCAGCACUACUUCAUCGACAGAGACGGGCAGAUGUUCAGAUAUAUCCUGAAUUUUCUACGAACGUCCAAGCUCCUCCUCCCCGACGAUUUCAAGGACUACACGCUGCUGUAUGAAGAGGCCAAGUAUUUCCAGCUGCAGCCCAUGCUGCUGGAGAUGGAGCGGUGGAAGCAGGACAGGGAGACGUGCCGCUUCUGCAGGCCCUGCGAGUGCCUCGUGGUGCGGGUGGCCCCCGACCUGGGGGAGCGGAUCACGCUCAGCGGGGACAAGUCCCUCAUCGAGGACGUGUUCCCCGAGAUCGGCGACGUGAUGUGCAACUCGGUCAGCGCGGGCUGGAACCACGACUCCUCGCACGUCAUCCGCUUCCCGCUCAACGGCUACUGCCACCUCAGCUCCGUGCAGGUGCUGGAGCGGCUGCAGCAGCGGGGCUUCGAGCUGGUGGGCUCCUGCGGGGGCGGCGUGGACUCCUCCCAGUUCAGCGAGUUCGUGCUUCGGCGGGAGCUGCGGCGGCCGGCCCGCGGGCCCUCCGUCCUCCGGAUAAAGCAGGAGCCCCUGGACUGA